ACUAACUUUUCAAGGAGCCGCGUGCCUCCGUAACGUUUACAUGGUGAUACCUGAGGCUGUGGAGCGGGGGACUCCUGUGGUGAUCAAGUGUAUGUACGACCUGGAGAAGGAAGAUCUAUACCAGGUGAAGUGGUACCGUGGUGACCGGGAGUUCUGCCGUUACUCCCCACGAGACGUACCACCGCUGAAGAUCUUCCCUAUCAACGGAAUCGAAGUGGAUCGCGACAACAGCGAUGCAGUGCAGUUGACGAUCAAGUCGGCGACACGCACCGCGCACGGCCGCUACACGUGCGAAGUGUCAGCUGAUGCCCCAUCCUUCCUAACAGCACAGGUCCACGGCUCCAUGUAUGUUGUUGACCUCCCGAAGUCAGAUCCGGAGUUGAACGGCCUAAAGCGGCGGUACCGGCCCGGCAUGAAGCUGAAGGCUGAAUGCGUCAGCCACGACUCCAUGCCGCCGGCCAACCUCUCCUACUUCAUCAACAACGAACCGGCGCUCUCCCAGCACGUGUGGCACCGGGUGGGGGGAGGGGAGAAUGGGGGCCUCUGGACAGCGUACAGCACCAUACAGUUCACCGUACAAAAACAUCACUUCGUCAAAGGGAAAAUAAAAGUCCGGUGCUCAGCGUACAUCUACUCCAUCUACUUCAGGAGCCACGAGAAGGUGGCCGAUGAGGAGAGGAUAGUCCGGACCACCGUGUCGCCGCUGCCGGAGACGCGAGAGGCCAUCGUGUUCCCGAUACAUCGCGUGUCAGAUAAUAAUGCCUUCGGAAUCCGGAGUAUAAUGCCGUGGAGGUUGGUGCAGGCGAGUGUACUCAUAACUCUAAUUGUGCCAUACGUUAUUAGAUAAGGUGGUAAGACCAUACCUAGCUAGGCACUUACUAUCUGACCGCGAUCGUACUGGGGCAAAGACAGAAAUACAUACAAUAGAGCAGGGGUUCCCAAAUUUAUUUUGUCUACUGUCCACUUUGAGAACAAAUUAUGUUGUAGCGUUGUAGCCAUUGUUUCAAUUCAAAAUGCAUUCAGAUGAAA